GAAGCGGACGUGUAAUAGCCGACUGGUAGACAGAGAAGGAAGGAACCGUUGUGUUGAUCUUAAACCAUAAAUAAAAAUAAAAUAUCAUCACGCCUUCUUCUUUAAAGCUGAGGUAAUUUUGUGACCUACAAUGUUUGCUGCGAAUCUUGAGAAUGUGGUGGUUUUGCAUGAGACAACAUCUGGACGCUCAUUUUUAGCUAGCCAGCUGUUUUGGUGUUGGGCGUAAAAGAAAGAAAGAACAAGAAAGAAUCUUCGUUUUGUUGUGUGUCGCAAAGUGAAUAUGCCUCGAGACAACAGCAAGCCGUCACUCAUCCAAAACAUCGCAAACCAAGCGCAGGUUACGUUUAAAAACUGCGACGACGGAAAAGAUUUUUUGGGGAAUUUGGCGGAACUCCGCGCGCUUCUGAGCGAAAUCAGGGCCGCAGACCUGAACAUCGCGCCCCCUAAGAAGAAGGGCUCUGGCUCGGGGACACGGGCGCGCCGCCGAGCUCCAGUCACCUACAUGCACAUCUGUGAAACCCCGACGUUCAGCAUGGGCGUGUUUGCGCUGCGGAGCGGCAUCUCCAUCCCUCUGCAUGACCACCCGGGAAUGAACGGCAUGCUCAAAGUGCUCUACGGCAAGGUCCGGAUCCGCUGCUUCGACAAGCUGGACGGGCCUCCUGACCCCGAACUUUACACCGGUACCGUGGCUGGGAAUGACACUGUGCAGAGGGACGCGGUGUGCCUGGCCGCGCUGCGCUCCAGCGGUGAGUUCACACAGCAGAGCGCGCCGUGUGUGUUGAGUCCUCACAGGGACAACCUGCACCACAUCGACGCGCUCGACGGACCCGCCGCAUUCCUGGACAUCUUGGCACCGCCGUAUGACCCGGAUGACGGCAGGGACUGUCACUAUUACCGAGUUUUACGCACAGUCAGCAAGAACGGGGACGACAAAAAGGGAGAAGAGACCGCGUGUCUUUUAGAGAUCCCUCAACCGGAGGAGUUCUGGUGCGGGGGCGAGUCUUACUCUGGCCCUAAAGUUACCGUGUAGGGACGCCUUAAUGAGAUGGGAUGAGUUUACCAAAGUCACAGAGGGUUCAAAGUAAUAUUCACAAGAACGAGUACCAAACUUUUUAAAGGUCUUAGAAAGAGACAAAGUAUGUCACCUUUAGCCUAACAUUUUAGUGACAGGAAAUGGUACAAAUAUGUAUUUAUUAAUUAAAUGAAAUAUUUACAGCCUUAAACAACUGAAUAGGGGACGAUUUAAAACUUAUGAGAAUGUUAUUAAUUCAGCUCCAACUGUGACAUAUAUAUAUAUAUAUAUAUAUAUAUAUAUAUAUAUAUAUAUAUAUAUAUAUAUAUAUAUAUAUAUAUAUAUAAUCCGUUUAAAUCUCUCCUUUUUAUGAAAUGUUCACUUGCUCAGUGUUUCAAACUACAGAAAGAACUUCCUUUGUAUCGAAACAGUAAUUAACUGUCUUCAAGGACAAACUGCUAUUAUUACAGAUUAGAAUCACAAUGCACUUUUUAACAUUUAUGGCAUUAAAACAUUUAUUAGAUGUUAUUAGAAAUUCAAGUAAGUGACCAGGUGAUAUCACAUGACUUUUAUUAAGGUAUAAACACUAACUAAUCUCCACCUCUAAACCCUUUCCUUAACCUUUACAUCUUCUUACACUACUUAAAUCAGAUCCUGCUGAUUAAAGCCCAGUCACAUGGGCGUUUUAACCAGAGGUGUUUAUGUUUGUGGAACAGAAACGCUCAUCUGAUGUUUCAGAGUUCAGUCAGAGCGUACACCAACACACUUAACCUUCUGUAUUAGUGUAGAAAAGGUCAGUAUCCUGGCAGAGGGUCUGAGGAGAACAACCAGCUUGACUUUCAAAGAUAAACGAACCAAACAGUAGUUUUCCUCGUCAUCGUUGUGAUAAUGUCAAGGGAACAUCUUUAACCUGGGAACCUGUUUCUAGUGUACCUUUAAUCAGAUACUGCACUAAAAGUGGUUAUUAUGGUUCAAUUGUUUAUCUUAUAAUUCUUUCUCAGUAUAAAGUUUGGGGAAAAGAAAUCUUUAUCUCUGAAAAUAUUCUAGUAUGGAGGUGUAUUUCUAAGCCCAGUGUUUCUCAGUCCUGCUUUUCUGCAAUGCUUAUUUUAUUUUAUUCUUCAUUCUCUAAUGUGUUUGAAUGACUAUUAGAGUCAGAUGUAUUACAGGAGGGAAAAAGUGUCACACCGUGGAACGUCAGGACAGAGAUUUACUGUGUUUCUGAGAACGUUUUCCUCCCAACUACAGUAUAUAUUCCUGAUAAAAUAUAUUGAAUAAUCUCAUUCACCCUUUAUUAGACCUGUGAUCUGUAAUGUUUUCUAUAUAAUGUUGGCAUUUUAAAUAGUAAAAAACAAAGCUGUGGCCUUUCACAACAAAUAUUGAUCAUAGUCUUGCCUUAAAAACAUGUGCUUGUCUACGUGCACACUACAUAAUGUAGCUUCUGGUAUUUAAUUGUACUGUAUUUAUUGAAGUUUGUACAAUCAGUAAUGUGUAUUUUUGACUAUGGAUUAUAUUCUGUUAUAAACACAAAUAAAUGUUUCUAAGACACUGCA